AUGCUGUUUGAUCCCACCCUCAAUAGGCACCUUGUGUGGGCUGUGAAUGCCAUUGCAAGAGAAUUGGGCACAGCUGCAAGGGACCAGUAUGGUGCUGCCUCUCAGGGCCUUCAACUUGUCAAUAUGCUCGAUUUGAUGGAAGUCAUUCGAUAUCCACAUUCCACCUUUGAAAAUUGUCCUGAGCCAUUCAUUGCCAGCCAAUCACACCCAUCUUGCCAGUCUGUGGUAGAGAUGGGUAUCCUCUACUUGGCAUACCAGAUUGAGGUGGCCUCUGUACAUCUGAAGCAGACUGCCAAUAUCACAGGAUGGCCUGCACAUUGGUUUGCAAACCUAGCAAUGGACUUGAAUCAGCUUAAUAGCUUGAUUCUGGUGACAGUGUCACAUGCCAGUUAUACUCCUCCCCUCCCAGUGUGCUACCAUGCAUACCUCAGACACCAAGAUGAUGAGACUGAGGCCCCUUCAGGGUCAACCCAACUUGAGCAGAACCUACCUCUUCCAGAGUUGGAGUUCUUGGCCAUCAGAAAACACUUUCUUACACUUGGAGCCCACCAUGAGGGGCUUCAACAGACAAACAGGAAGGUUGCCCACAAGGACAGACAUAAGAAAGUGAAAGAGGUGCUCAAAGCAAGGAAGAAAGCAACACCUCCCCAUUUAGCUAAGUCAUCUCUUGGGAAGCUCCCCACUGAAGUUCCUCUUCCAGAAUCCCCAGAACCGGAAGAGCCAAAACAGAACCAAGAACCCAGCUUUACAGAAUACCAAACACUGGUGCCAGUUAUCAGAUCAAACUCAGAAACAUCCUUCAGUUCAACAGAAGAAGCCAUGAAACUCCUACAAGAACCACCUUCACUGCUCACAGAAUUACCCCUCACAGUAUUCAUAGAGGAGCCCAAAGACAUUCCAUUUUCCAUUCCUAUGUUUACAGGAGUGAAAGUCGACACUACUGGCUUAGAAGACAUGUAUGAAGUGAUCUGGGACAAUGGGUGA